AUGAUGAGCCUAUGGACCAAAAGAUGGUUUUCAACUACAAGCAGUUUAACUAACAGAGCUGCUGACAUAGGAAAGAUUGUUUUAAAUACAAAAGUGCAACAACCGUUCAAGAGUGAUGGGGGAAGAAAGCAACGUCAGGUCGCUAAGACAAAGAAACCUGCCAGAGAUUCAAAUCCACCGGCUUGGUAUACCCUAAAUCAAAAAUACAGUAGUUUAUUUUCAGAGCCUAGUGCUACAGAAAUUAAUUCAGUAAACCAUUUCUUCAAUUCUUCAGAUGUAAGAUAUGAGUGGAGUGCCGCCCAUUUCAUCGAUGUUCCUGGUGAGAGGCUUAAGGAAAAGGUUUCUAACGAAUCUAAUGGCAAAAAAUUCCAAGGUAAGACUUAUGUACCAUUUGAGCUUGUCAAUGGGUUACCAGAAGUUGCGUUCCUGGGGAAAUCCAAUGCAGGUAAAUCCACACUAUUGAAUAGUUUAACAACCGAUUUAAAGCAAACUUCAUUAGGUGAGUAUGCAAGGGCUUCCAAAAGAGCAGGAUUUACUAAAACUUUGAAUUCAUUUAACAUUGGUAAUAAAUUUAGAAUCGUUGAUACCCCUGGCUAUGGGUAUAACAGUAGUGCGGAACAAGGCAACUUAACCAUGGAAUACGUUAGUCAAAGACAGCAACUGGCAAGAUGCUUUUUACUCAUUUCUGGUGAGCAAGGGUUCAAUGACAUGGAUUUACAAAUAGUUGAAUUCUUAAGCUCAAUAGGCAAACCAUUUGAGAUUGUGUUUACCAAGAUGGACAAAGUUAAAGAUUUGAAGGGAUUUCAAAACAUGAAUCUCCAUGAAUUACCAGGACUACCAGGUAUCAUUUUUACCAAUUCAUUAAUAUCGAAAACUUGCCCCAAGAGAUACGGCGUGGAUCUACUACGACGCUUGAUAUUUCAAAGCUGUGGACUGCAGAUUGGCACUAAACCUUCUCGUCAAAGAAAAUAA